CUGCACUGCACCGGAUGUUGGUAUUUGUUACAGGAAGUGCCAUGUUAGAGUCGUUUCGUUAGCUGUUAGCGACGUUCUGUGGACAAGUUACUGGUUUCAAUUUCCGUGUAGAUUUACUACUAUUUGAAGUCAUGUCGGAAAGAAAGGUUUUAAACAAAUACUACCCGCCGGAUUUUGAUCCAUCUAAAAUUCCCAAACUCAAAUUACCAAAAGAUCGUCAGUAUGUUGUGCGGUUGAUGGCACCGUUCAAUAUGAGGUGUAAGACCUGCGGCGAGUACAUCUACAAAGGGAAGAAGUUCAAUGCCCGAAAGGAGACGGUCCAGAACGAGCUCUACAUGGGUCUGCCCAUCUUCCGCUUCUACAUCAAGUGCACCCGCUGCCUGGCCGAGAUCACGUUCAAGACCGAUCCGGAGAACACAGACUACGCCAUGGAGCACGGAGCCACCCGCAACUUCCAGGCGGAGAAGCUGCUCGAGGAAGAGGAGAAGAAGCUGCAGAGAGACAGGGAGGAGGAAGAGCUGAACAACCCCAUGAAGGUUCUGGAGAACCGGACCCGCGACUCCAAGCUGGAGAUGGAGGUCCUGGAGAACCUGCAGGAGCUGAAGGAGCUGAACCAGCGCCAGGCCCAGGUGGACUUCGAGGGCAUGCUCUGCCGACACAAGCACCUGGAGGAGCAGGAGAGGAGGAGGCAGGAGGAGGAGGACGAGAGGGAGACCAGGGACAUGCUGGAGAGAGCUCUGGUGAAGAGGUUGAGGGACUCGGACUCAGACUCUGAUCAGGAGAGAGAGGACGGGAGGGAGGGAAACGCGCAGAAAUGCACCUCAGAAAAGCCCACAGACAUCCUGACCACGGACAGACCCACGGACGCCAAGGCCAGCGGGCCCCCACCUCCAGGGGGGGUGAAGCGACCCCGGGUGGAGACCUGGGAGAGGAGCGUAGGGGGACUGGGUGGGGGAGCCCUGGGGUCCCUGGUGGUGAGGAAAAAACCAGGAAUCUCGGCCCCAAAACCUGAACUGGCAGCUCCGCCUCCAGCCCGGCCUGUCCAAUCAGAGGUCAGCGUUCCAAAGGCCACGUCAUCCAGUGUCACAGCACAAGCUUCCAGCAGCCAGCCAAUCGCGGCGCAGAACGGCUCAUCGCUGAGCUUGCUGGGAGCCUACUCUGACAGCGAUGACAGUGAAUGAGAGAAGGAGGGAAACGUUCUCGCGUGUUUUCGUGUGCCGGCAAAGCUGUGUUCAUCUCUCUACAUGGCUUCUUUUUCCCCUGACCUGGGCCCAGUCUCUCUCUCUCUCUCUCUCUCUCUCUCUCUCCCUCACCUCACCUCCCA